AAUCCAAAGAGUGAAGAUAUAAAACUGUCAGCUGUUUCUUUUCCAGUUCAACAAACAUUCAGGUCAUUGUGGAAACCAUGUGUUUUUUUCUUCUACAUAGUAAUUAUUUAUUGGAGUUUGGAAACACACAAGGUCAUUUAAAAACACUUAAAUCCCUGUAAUGGUAUUUACAGAAAGUUUCUUGUUGAGAAAGACAACUUCCUACGGUCAUUGUUGGCCGCAAUUGUCAACUUGUGCACAGCACAUUUUCCCAUGGAUUGUCCAAACUGUCAUGACUAAAUAUAAGAAAUUAGAUUGAAAAUGUUGGUGGAUGAACUUCACCCCUUAACAGCUUCUUUAAGAUGAUAUAAUUCACAAGAGUGAACACACAAUCACAGACAAUGUUACAGUAGUUCUACAGGAGAAGGAUUUUGUUUAUUUCAAGUUUAGUAAUACCAUUUAAGUUACAUUUACAUUUAGUAAGUGGUAUUUAACAAUAAAAAGUUACGACAUAAUUAUACCAUUCGGGGAGAAAAAAAAUCAACAAAAGUCUGUGGCAAUCGCAUUGGAAAAAUCGAUUGAUUCGUUUUUGGUGUUCGAUGCAUGUUGAAACGAUUAAGUGAGGUUGAAGUGAAAUCUCGCGACAACAUCGAUGAACCUGGCGGUAGCGCCCAUUUAGCUGCUGCUGUGUAGCUAACACAGAAUAAAAAAAACGUUUUAACACAAUGUCUGAGCAAUGUCCGAGUUUAAGUAUACACACGUUGAUAAAUAUCAAGCAAGCUCCCGGCGGGUGUCCGGGAUCUGCGGCGGGGUUGACUUCGCGUGCAUCGCCAUGAUGGCUAUAGCGCUGCAGAAACAAAAACAGCAACGAUGGAGAUUGGUAUAUAAGAAUUCCAGCUGCAAGCUUUCGAAUUGACCAGUAGAGGUCGCCGUUGGACUGUUUUACGAAAUGACACACUUCAAAGAAUGGAGACAACAAACCAAGAGAAGAAAUGGUUGACAUGUCAAGCUAAAAGAUUCUCAUCAGAAGAUUCUCCGAAUGGAAACCCAGGACCAGGCAGCUAUAACUUUACUACUUCUGCUGAAGUCAUGAGUCCUUCUUUCUCCAAGAAAGGCACCACAGGCUUUGUUGCGUCCAAGGCUUUCAAGGGCUACUUUAACCCACAGAGAUCUGUCCCAGCACCAAACCUGUACAACCUGCAGAGCUCUUUCAUUAACAAGUAUGACUUCAACAUUGGAACGUCCAGGGUCUUCAGAAUGCCCGUGGUUUGGCAGCGAGCAGGUCCAAAGAAUGAAGGUCCAGCACCAAAUCAGUACGACGUGAGCUGUGGUUUCACACAGAUGAACUCCUCUCUCUUUGGUACCUCAGCGUUUCUCUCCAAACCUGGGUGGAGCUCCUUUUGUCCAAACACAGACGUGCCAUCACCGUGCCACUACCACGUUAGGAACCAUUCCAUUCAGACUGGAUCCACAGCCGUUCUGUCCCCGUUCAAAUCCACAUCCAGGAGGAUUCCUGCUCUGGUGGACCAUCAUGUCCCUGGUCCAGGAGCCUACAGUCCACAUCAGGCUCCCACAGCAGUGAAGAAGACCACUCUCCCGAGGACUUUUGGUUUGACAAUAGCAGAGUCCGCUGUGGUCCUACCUAAAGGUCCACCUUUUCCAGGCCCUGGACAUUAUAAUGUCGGGACAUGUUAUAGCGUGUCCAACUGUCCCAUACCUACUGCUGCUUUUGCAUCCAAAACUGCAAGAUCCAUAAAAUUAUCACAAGAGGAGGUGAAGCCAGGACCAGGUUUUUACAAUCCUCGAGUUUUAACGAAGUCGUCGUUCAUUUAUAACGACUCCAGAUUCUGGGUUCCUGUGUGAAGAUGUGACAAGAAUCCACGCUCUGGCACGAGAGUUUUGUUCUUAUUAAAGUGUCUCCUGCAGCUCUGUGUCUUAAUAUAAACCAAUUCAUGAAUCUGUCUUC